AUGGCAGACUUCGACGAUGCCGACCCUACAGCCGAGGAUGAGUUCGAGAAUGAGGACGAGGAGAUGGAGGAUGCCGAUGCCGAUGGAGAUCAGGACGGCGACCAAGAUGACGAUGCGCAAGGUGAUGAGGAUGACGAGGAUGACCAAGAAGGAGACGAGGACGACAAUGGCGACGAUGAUGAGGACGAAGACCAACCCGACUCACCUUCACAACGACCCUCUCAGUCAUUACCAGCCCGCCGGUUACCAGGACCGACACAACCCUCGCUCACUCGCACAUCACCUUCGCCUCGGAACUCGGCCGCGAGAUCACCCGGGGCAGGCAUAGUAGCAUCAUGGCAUCCUUCGCCGCGACCUGAGUCUCUCACAGCGCAAGCCUACGACAUCGUCCCGACUAUGGCAGCACCACAAUCCACUUCCAUAAACGCUGUGGCCGCCACUCCCGAUAUGAAGUGGGUCUUCUCUGGCGGUACCGACGGCUAUGUGCGCAUGUACAAUUGGAUCGACACGGCCAAUGGCAAGGUGCCGCUCACUGUUGCGCAGAAGCAUCCAUUUGUGGAUAGUGUGAUGAAGGCUGGCUCGCUAUUGACGUACUGGGAGAACGAGGAUGCGACUCUACGCACGCCGACGAGGGGUGAGGGUGGCGAAGAGAAAUGGACGAGUCCGGUGUACUCACUUGCCGCUCAGCACCAGGCAUUGUGGCUGUUGUCGGGUACCGAGAAUGGCGGCAUAAACCUGCAGACUUGCAGACAUCAGGCUGGUACUCGCAUUUCCACUCUCAAAGAACACACCAGUGCUGUCUCGGUACUUCGACUGAGCCAGGACGAAACGCAACUGUUAUCCGGGAGCUGGGACAAGAACAUUCACGACUGGGAUAUGCAGACAGACAGCAUGAUAAGAUCGACGAACGGGACAUUCUCUUCCAACAACAGCGAGAAGCCACUGCCUAAUGGUAUCUUCGGCAACGGCUUUGACAUUGGCGGUGGCGAUGAAGAUGCCGCGGGCUCACCGGAUGGUAGUCUCUUCGGUGAGAACGACCAUGGCUCAUUGUUCGGCGAAGACAAUACAAACGGUGGCAGCGCAGGCAACGCUUUCGGCGAGGAUGAUGACCUCAGUCGAGCACUCGCGAAUGGUCUACAGGAUACUGAUCAGGAUGCGCCGGGAGAAGUGGACACGGAGAUGGCUGGUAUGGGCGAUGGAGGACCCGUGCAGCCACUCGACUCAACAGUACCUGGCACUGAUGCGGACUUUACCAUCGAUGUGGACAGUACGAACAAUCUAUCCAAUGGCACACAAGCAGACGAGAUAGACACGGACGCCCUCUUCGCUGCCGACUCAGCAGACACAACCACCGCUCCCCUCACAAACGGCCUGCCACACACAGACGAACCCCUCACAGCCCCACCAACAAACGAAAGCAGCCUCCAUCAUCCAACAAGCACGACAACCUCCUCCACAGCCGCAGCGGACCUCCCAGCCCAGUCCGAAAGCACCUUCCUCUCAACAAGCAUAGACGGCACCAUCCGCCUCUGGGACCGCCGCCUCCCAAACCCCAUCGCCGUCCUCCGCCCUUUCGACUCCACACCACCCUGGUGCACAGGGGCAACUUGGUCCCCCGACGGCAACACCUUCUUCGCCGGAAGACGUAACAACAGCGUAGACGAAUACUCCAUGCACAAACUCUCCUCCACCUCCAGCGCCCCGACCCGACAAUUCCGCUUCCAAGCCGGUUCGGGACCCGUCUACAGCGUCCGCGCCAUGCCCAAUUCCCGCCACCUCGUCUGCGCCAGCCAAGAUAUCCUGCGGAUCUACGACCUCAAACACGAUGAGAUUGAGGGGCGGGCGAGGUCCGCGGUUCCUUUCACGAUUGUGCCUGGACAUAGGGGUGGGACGAUCAGUGAGAUUUUCGUGGAUUCUGGGUGUCGGUUUAUGUUGUCUGCGGCCGGGAAUCGGGGGUGGGAGGGGUUUGGGACGGAGGUGUUGUUGGGGUAUGAGAUUGGAGUGCAGGAUGGGGAGGGGGUGUGGCAUAAGUGA